CAGUAAAAACACUAAAAACAGGAAAAUAAAUUGGAAAUUUUUGGUGUAGAGUCGAAUAAUUCAUAAUUAGUUGAAUUUGAAAAAAAGUUAUUUAAUACGUGAAGUGAAAAAAGUUAUACUUGUGUAAUUGAGUUCCCAGGAAAAUGAAAAAUGUUUGGAACAAAUCUAACUUCAUCAGCAGUGCUGAAAAGCUUUUUUUGGAGGAAUGUGUCUAAUGUAGAUUCUUUCACCAAAGUUUACAAGUAUCAAAUAAGUCUGCUGACCAUCACUUGUACAGUAAUCUUGGUGUCCCUAAAAUAUGUGAAAAAAUGGAAACGUAAAGAGGAUUCGUCUCCAACCGCAUCCGGAGUUCUGCGAGAAAUUGUCAAGCCAUCUGAAAUUAUGAUCGUUGAUAAUGACGAACUGUGCAUACAAGCUGCUAAUGAACUUUUGAAGAAAACGCAUCACUACAGAGUAGUUGGAUUAGAUUGCGAAUGGGUGUGUGACAAGGUUAGGCAUCCUAUUGCACUGCUUCAGUUAGCAACAAGUGAUGGAUUCUGUGCCCUCAUUAGACUUUCAAAAUUAUCAUCGAUACCUUCUUCUCUUGUUAGUAUUCUCGAAGAUAGCAGUAUAAUCAAAGUGGGCUCGGCUAUAAAAUCGGACGUGCAUUUAUUACGUUCUGACUACAAUAUCAGCGCUUUUAGCUGUUUGGAUAUCAGCGUCGCUGCCAAAAGUUUGGGAUUACCUCCAGGAUCGUUGAAAAAAAUGGCCAAAGAUAUUCUAGAUAUCGACUUGAAUAAAGAUAAAGCAUUGCAGUGCAGUAAUUGGGAAGUGGAUAAUUUAUCAGAUUUGCAAGCACAAUAUGCAGCAUUAGAUGCCCUAAUUCCGGUGAAAAUCGUCGAAAAAAUGAUGCUUACUUAUACCAAAAUAUCUCGACAACUUGACGAAAACGAAGCUUGGAAUAUUUUUCUGAAUACCUGGCAUAAUGUGUUGGAUGUGAAUUACUCUUUCAAAAGCAAACCGAAUAGGAAACGGAAUUCGGAAAAUGAUGAUUUCCAGAAUAUAAAACAGCACAAAGGGAUAAAUAUCAAAAGAGCUCUGUACGAAAAUUGUUUUCUACAAGAUCCUGACGGAAAUGUUCUAUGUGUUUGCAAUAAUAAAAAGUUGAACUGGUAUAUUGAAAAAGGAUUAGGCGUGGAAGUAUCCGAAUCUCCGAGAACAGUAAGGCUCAAUUUUAUGCCUCGAGUAUUCAACAGAACUCCUGACUCGCUGUAUUAUAUGAAAGAAAAGGAAAACAAAUGCGUCGUCUGUGGUCAGACAAAUUCUUUGAGAAGAAAGAACGUUGUUCCUUGCGAGUAUCGUACUCAUUUUCCUAAGGAAAUUAAAGAGUACAAAUCACACGAUGUAGUUCUACUAUGUGCCAUGUGUCAUACAAGAAGUUCCUUAUACGACCAGCAUUUACGUCGUGAACUGACUAUGAAAUGUGAAGCACCUGUAUUACCCUUAAAAUUGACUGAAGAAGCUCGUAGAGUGAAUAAGUUGAAAUAUGCAGCUAAUGCUUUGUUGACUAAGAAUCCUCUCAUAUCAUCAAGUAGAAUAGAAGAAAUCAAGUCCACCAUUUGUGAUAUUUUAAAUUGUGAAGAAGUUACAGACGAUAUCUUACAAGAGAUUAAAUCAAUGAAAUUACCAGUGUCGAAUGAACGUUCAAUGUCACAUGGUCAAAAAGUAGUCAAGUAUUUUCAAGAACGAAAUGAACUCAACGAAUUGGAAAUUUUAUGGAGAAAUCAUUUCAUAAAUACCAUGAAACCGCGUCAUUUACCUGACUUGUGGUCUAUUACACACGACCCAAAAUGUUCUGAGUAUUCUAAUUUCCAUAAAGCUUUAAUAAGCCUCAAGUGAAUUAAAUUUUUUUUUGUCGAAAUGUUUGUGAUUUUCUUUAAUUUAUUGAUAAAAUGAGUUUUAAGAUGUGAUAUUAAAACUUUUACCUACUACAUAUUUUUUAAUUUUAUGAAAAUGAAUGAUUUAUUUGUGAUGAUUUUUUUUUAACUUGGAAAGUAAAAUACGAUUUAUGAUAGUUUUUAUUAAGUAUUAAUUUAUUACAUAUGUUUGUGACGUUUUAUUUGUAUUCAUUACACAUCUUUUUGAGCGAU